UUUGUUAUUCAUCGAACGUCAACGGCGCUAGCGUCGCCUUUAUUUUCCUGUGAAAUAGGAAGUUUUUCGGGUUGUCUAUUUGUGAUUCAGUUGAUAUUUUCUGUGUGAAAGAACUUAAUGCGAAGAAUAUUGACUGAUAACGUGGCGGGAAAAAUUGUCGCAAGGUGCCUUUUCUUACUGUGGAAGGUAAUAAGUGUACAGGAAUCUACAGAACGGAAUCUGAGUAUCAUCAAUCACUUUGAGGUUAGAAUAGUGUGGCGGGCGUCUUCUUCGACGGCACUGAUAUUCUGGUUGAUUGGGUAAAGAAGAGUAUAAAGAUAAAAAGACAUUGAUAUUCCAAGGAUAUUCAUGAUAGACACUGAUAUAUUUGUAUUGGGGGAACCAUUGAGAGUGAUGAUAUCUCUACGAUCAAGGAACAGCCUCUGCUGACCUCGUCCUUACAACAUCUUCGUGGUAUGGUCCCAUCCUGGCUAGUACAAGAGGGCUAAUCAUGGCAGAUAAAGAUGAUGAUAUGGGCCCUGCCACGGAGAUGAUAGUUAACGAAUUUGACGACGAAAGAACUUUGGAUGAAGAGGAAGCUCUUGAAGGCAGUGAAGAUUCACACAAUGAAUUGUCCAAUUUGCAAAAGGAAGGUGAUAUGCCUCUAAAAGACUUGCUUGCAAUGUAUGGAUACACAGACCCCUCCACGGAAAAUUCCAAUAGCUCUGAUCGCAUGAUACUUCCACCAGGAGAAGCGGAGGCGGAAGCGCAAUCGUCAGAUAAGGGUGACGUUGAUGCGGAUGCCGAUGACGACGACGAUGCCGAUCCUAUGAGCAACGAACCGGACCUCAAGCAAUUUUACACAGAAAUGGUAAAGGGCGAAGAGGCCGACGGUAUCGACGGUGAAGGUGUAGGAAGUGUAGGCGGUGGUUCCUCCAGAUUACUCCGAAGUGUGUCGCGACCUCAGAGCGAAGAAGAAGAGGACGAUUGCGACUACAGUCCGGACGAGGAGGAAUGGAAGAAAACAAUAAUGGUCGGUAGCGACUAUCAAGCAGCCAUUCCAGAAGGUCUUUGUCGAUAUGACGAUGCCCUACCUUAUGAAAAUGAAGACAAAAUGCUCUGGGAUCCAAGCCACAUACCUGAAGAGGAAACUGAAGAGUUUCUAGAGCGAGCCCAGUUGCCAGCAGUCAAAGGGAAUUCGUUGCCUGCUGGAUCUCAUGUCAGAGACGAUGAACAGGCUCUGUACCUACUUCUACAAUGCGGAUACAAUCUCGAAGAAGCCUUAAGAAGACGUAGAAUGAACGUUAUUCCACCUACAGAUGCUGUAAGUCUAUGGUCCGAGGAAGAGUGUCACAAUUUCGAGACAGGGUUACGUAGCUAUGGCAAGGACUUUCAUCUGAUUCAGAAGAAUAAAGUGAGAACAAGGUCCGUUGGUGAACUAGUACAGUUCUAUUAUUUGUGGAAGAAAACGGAGAGGCACGAUAUAUUUACGUACAAAGCUCGGCUGGAGAAGAAAAAAUACGCCCUACACCCUGGUAUCACCAGGGACUAUAUGGACCGGUUCCUCGAGGAACAAGAGGGAGUGCGAGAUCGAAGUAGUUCCCCAAAUAUUCACUGUUUACUCUAUGGCGACACCAAGAGGCAGAGGUCCAGUGCCAGUCUAACGAAUCCAGAGGAAUCGAAACUGAUGGAAUCCUGGGACGGUGGAGGAGCUAUCGAUCCUCUGGCAGAUCUCAACAGUCCACCUCCACCUUCCGUAACAGUUAAUUCAAAUUCUUUACCGGUGUCCGGGACGACGCAUCACCUGGACUACACGACCCACAUGAUUCGCGAAGGAGCCGCCGAGGGUAACACUGUCUGGACGACGACGACCCAUUCACAUACGAACAAUCACGUCGCUUCGAGCAAUAUGGAGACAAAUGAGUCACCUUCGCCCGAGAACAUCCUACCGCAUUUACCUCCUUAGCGCCGAGACUCUCCUUUCAUUUUGAAGAUUAGACAUCGUACGUCGCAUAAAAUAACUACCACUACCAUCGUAACGCAUAAUAUUCGUUAACACUACGGAUUAUAUUUUUCUACUGUAUUAUAAUUAUCGAUCGUUCGGUGAAUGUGCAUAGAUCGGGAUGAGCUCGUUGAUAGGGCCAUGCAUGAAUGACUUCGAUAGUGAAUCGAUACGAUCAGAGUUAUAUUAUAUAUAUUAUACAUAUUAUAUAUUUGACUAGAAGAGGGAUGGAUGUUAUAUUACGUUUUCACCUCUGAACAAUUCGCGAUCGUCUAUGGACAAUUCAUAUAUUUACUUUAAAACAGGACAGCGAGUUGCCCUAAAUAUUUUAUGUUUAAUUUGACGACACUAUUUUGUUAGAGAUAAAAUAGAGAAUUGAAAAAAAAAAUCUAUGCUAGUGAACGUAGCAUGUAAUGACACAUCUUGGACAGAUAGCAAUUCGUUGGUAGGGGUGAAAACUUGUUAUAUGAACAAGAAUAAAAGGGAUCGUAAUGAGGAUGUCGUUCAUUUGGCCCUUGCAAAGAUAGUUUGUAUGGUACUAAGAGGAAAAAGUAUAGGGUACUAAAUGUGUAAGAAUAUAGACUUACUGCACAUUUUAUUGUUCGAUCGAUAUGAUCUUCGUAAGAGCUCCGAUAAAUGGAUUAAACGAAAGUCUUAACGAAA